CUCACACCACUCUUGAGAUGAGCUUUAUGUUGUCCGUUCAGAAAAGAAAAAAGCCAAACUAAUCCCACCCUUCUCUCAGAGUGAAAAUCCCAUUUCACUUUCUCAGAACCACAUCUUCUCUAAGCAGACGGAGUAGCGACGCCAGCAGGUUCGUUUUCUGGGCUUGAAAUUUGUGAAUUAGGGCUUGAAAUUGCUGAGUUUGAGAUUUUCUUUUAUCUGGUCUCUCUCUUCUACCUGUUUACACUUGAUUGCUGCCGAUAGCCUCAGGUUACACAGCCAGUGCUCGCCGGGUUGCCAAUGCCUCUCACAAAACACUGAAAAGGGUUUUGAUUUUUCGGUGAUUACCAAUCUAUUCAUCCCUGUUGAUCAAGAAUGCAAUUCUUUGGGGGUUCUGAGAUCAGUCCUUCACCUCCUGCCCCAUCAGCUCCAGGAAACAAUGGCCAUAUGAUGUAUGUGUUUAAUAGGAAUGGUGUGUGCCUGCUCUAUAGGGAGUGGAAUCGCCCCUUGCGGACAUUGGAUGCCCAACAAGACCAUAAGUUAAUGUUUGGUCUGCUUUUCUCUCUGAAGUCUUUAACUGCCAAGAUGGAUCCCACUAGUGCUGCUGAGAAAGGAAACCUUGGUAUGCCUCAGUUACCUGGCCAAGGUUGUUCAUUUCACAGUUUCCGCACUAAUACAUACAAACUUAGUUUUAUGGAAAGUCCUUCUGGAAUAAAGAUAAUCUUGGUGACUCAUCCUAGAACUGGUGAUCUACGUGAAUCCUUAAAGCGUAUCUACAAUUUGUAUGUUGAUUAUGUGGUCAAGAACCCGCUUUAUACACCUGGAUCUCCUAUUAGGUGUGAGCUGUUCAAUACAACGUUGGAUCAGUAUGUGAGAGGCAUUGGGUAGAAGUUGAGUUGUCUUCAUUCAACACUGUUUAUGACUAUUGGGGUAUAACGCCUUGUUUUGCAUGGUGUAUGUUGGAGGCACUGUGCAUAGAAGCCGAGUUGUUUGACUUGUUUCCAUCAAACACUGUUCAUUUCAUUGAUUUUAUUGAAUCCUACAAUUUAUGUUACUCUGUAUUUCUCUUCAAAUAUACAUAACAAACUCAAGAUACCUAGUUUGACACAUGAUUAGAUAUGAUCUCCAAUUUUGUCCUCAACGCUAAGAUUGGGUGCAUGUUUGGAUUAAACUUUGCCUUCUGAAGUUUGAACUGUAUUUGACAAAAAUAUAUUUACUAAUUAUGUUUAGAUAUUUGUUGUUCAAAAGUAUAUUGAUGAGACAUUUGUUUGGAUAA